GGGCUCUUCCACUGGGUCGGUGAGCCACAGGCAGGAGUCCUCCACUGGGUCGGUGAAGGGUGGGAGUGGCUCGGCGAGCCACAGGCAGGACUCCUCUCAGCACAGCUACAGCAGGCCUGCAGGCACUGGCGCACAUGCAGGCUACACCAGGAUAUCUGGUUCUGCCGUUGCCCAAUACAGCGCCACCUCCAGACCCAUCUACGUUCAGCCUGCCCCAAGUGGAAGUGCCCGGAGGCACUAUCGAUGUGCAGGGAUGGGAUGCAACCCUACAGGCCACAAGCAAGUCCUGUCCCUACUCUGGAGAAGAUAAAGCGGCAGGUGAACAUGGUCAGCUGUUGUGGAAUGUCUGAAGCCCAUUGACGUCCUUUCAAACUACGCUUCAGUUUUUUUUUUUCUUUUCUUUUUUUUUAAGGCAUUUAGUUUGACGUUUCCUGACUUUGGUAUGGCAUUUUGUACUUGUCAAAUUUUACUGCCAAUAAAAUUAAAUGCACACUAAGUGAUGUCCUAUAGUUACACUGUUGUCUCAGUUCAUACCAGACAGGAGCUCAUGCUCAUUUACAAUUGUGAGUUUAAAGCACAAAAGAUCUGACUUAAAAUAUUUGGUCUUUUAAAAUUAUUUUUUAAAGCGAAGGCCACUGUACUUAUUUACACUCACAUUUGCAGAAUUAAGUCGUCAAAUUCUGGGGACAUUCUUUUUUCCAAAAGGUGCCAACAAACCACAUUUUACACAUACUGCUUAUAAAACAAGACAUACAAGUAAAAUAGAACCAGUAUGCUCAUGCUGAUACAUCAUACUUGUUCACCUAAUUCAACGCUGGCUACCUCCUAUCCUAUAUUACAAAACCAUGCGCACAGAUGGCAGUAUAGGGAUUUGACAAAUCGAAUACACGGAAUUUAAAAUCGAGAGAAUGGAUUUCUUUUUCCAUGCUGUCAUACUGCACCUUUAAAUAUGAAUGUCUAUGGUCCGUAGCAUAGAUAAAACAUAGUGGUCACGUUGAAGGAAGUGGACUUCCGCGCAUGUGCAAUGUGUAAUGGAGGCACGUUCAACUGGAGUUCUUCGACUAUUGCUUUAAUUUAUUUAAACAGAGUACGCCCUCAAGACGUAUUUGAGUUGUGAAAAUACUUUGAUCCAAACGGGCGAUAACUAUGGAGGCCAGUAGUGAUGCUGAGGAGGUGAAAGUGGUGACGGAGAGCAGUUCCCCUGAUUCGGACGGCUACCCUCAUUCCCCCGGGAUGGAUCGAAACCCCUCCCCCCCACCCAGCCAGGGGUCAGAGCCGGAGGUGGAGAGUGAUUCCAUCGGGGAGACUCUGUACAGCAAACACUGGCUCUUCAGCACCCUGACCAGCCUCAUCCAGACUGUGACUGAGCAGGAGGCUGGAGACCCCGAUGCCGAGGUGGACCUGUCUGAGGAGGAAGAGGAGAAACUGUGUAAAAUCUGGGACAUGGCUAUGGACAAGGAUGUGGCUGGCCUACUACAGGAGUUCAAAGCCUCAGAUAUCUUGCUAGGUGCGAUCGCCAAGUCACGAAGUCCAAGGCUCACGGAGAUUUGUGUGGGAAUCUUGGGGAACAUGGCCUGCUUCCCUGAAACGUGUCUGUCCAUCAGCCAGAAUGAGGAUCUGGGGGUGGUGCUGUUGCUUCUCCUGGGGGAUUCAGACCCUCCAACAAUCUUGGAGACAAGCAGAUUGCUGCUGACAUGUCUGGCCCAGUCCAGUGUCGCCCCCAUCUGGUUGGAAAGGGUACAGCAGCAAGCGUCGGUGUGUCCCAGUCUGUGUUUCAUCAUGUGCAGCUCCACUAACGUGGAUCUGCUGGUGAAGGUGGGGGAGCUGGUGCACAAGCUGUUUGACCUGGAUGAGGAGCUGAUGAAGAGCUGGGUCUCUGCACGCCCCAGCGAGGCGGAUACCGGCAGCCAGCUGCACAUCGCCCCCUCUCUGCUGGAGGCUGCCAAACAAGUCAGGCUGGAGAGUACUGAAGGUCUGGAGGUGUACCUGCAUGUUCUUCAGCUACUCACAACUGUGGAUGAGGGAGUGCAGGCUUUGGUGGAGCUGGCUGGUACUGGCGAGGAGGUGUGGGCAGCGCUGUGCGAGGUGGUGUGCGAGGAUCUGUGCCAGCCAGACGACCCCCCCGUCGUCCUGCAGGAGCAGAAGGGGCGUCUCGCCCCCGCCCUGGCCGUGCUCUCCACCCUGUCUGCCUGCCCGGACCAGGAGUACAGCCAAACCCACCGCAAUCUGCCUCUGCUUGGGACCCUGCUGCGAGUGCUGCAGUUCCUUAGUGAGUGCCAGCAGAGGGCGAGAGAGGGCCAGGGUGAGGCGAGCUCGGGAAACGGAUUGAAAGAGGAAAAUGACGAGCAGAUGUUGGCCUUGAGGGAGACGACUGUGGAGUUCCUGGCCAGUAUGCUCACAGACAUGACCAAGGAUGCCAUGUCCGAGUUGCUGAAGAAGGGGCAUCUCAGUGAACAAACCUGCCUCGCUGCAGCUGGGAGUUUAUUGCCUGAUCACAGAUCUGAGGUGCAGCACAUGGCGGCCUUGCUGUCGGAAGCUCAGUCCAGUCUAGCAGACGCGCUGAGACGGAACUUUCCGGACCUGAGCUCCUGAGGGUGGCGGGGUAGCCCCGGUCUCUCCCCUCCCAGCAAGGAGGGGCACUCUGGGGCCCCUGCGCGAUCCGCAGACAUCUCCCGGACCCCCUGGCAUCUCCGUGGGCAUCUCAAUGGCCAGCCCUAAAGGGCGUGGCAGUACCUAGGUGGAAAGCACCCCCCAGAAAAAGCACCCCCCCGCCCACCGUUUAUCCCGCAGAUACGCCCCCCCCCCGAAUUUCUCUUAACUCCCCUCAUCCUGCAGAUCAGGUGACCUGUGCGGUGAGGUGCGGAGAACAGCCCGUUCCCAACUGCGUCCCGAAUCUUCAGUCCUCCGCAAUCCCAAGCCAAGGGCAAAAACCUGAGGCACAGGCGGAUUGCAUUCUGGGAGUUCAGUGCGCAUGCAGACGCACGCAUGCGCGGACACACGGACCACACGGACCUGCUCACACACACACACACACGCGCAUACUCACUGUAACAUACCGCAGAAUGCUCCUUUCGAUUAAUGGAGUUCUUUGCGAGUCGAUUGGUCAAAAGGGGACAAUGGAAGUCUAUCCCACCGGUCGAAGUCUCAGACUUUGGGGUCCCCGCUCCCAUUUUCUACGUACUGCUGUCAACGUUUAAGAUCAGCGGACGGUUGAACUGGUAGUCGUUUCCCCUCUUGGAUUUUAGUCUGGAAGUUGGCCUGUCCGUUUCACCCCCAAUGGGCAAACAACCAGUGCUAAUAGCCGUCCACCACAGCUCACCACGGUCCCCAGUACUGGAGACCCAUUGCAUUUGCUGGCUUAGGUUUCUAGGUUUCCUUCUAUGAUCCGGGGUCUGGUUCCCUCCCAAGCUGGACUACAGUUAAAGAUUUUCACAAACCUGCGCAGUCCGCAGCUGCAGACUGUGGCUUUAUCAUAAACGUCAGUUAAACGAAACGACUGGGCUGGCAUGAAAUCCCGAAACGGAUCGGCCCUUGCUCGCCCCACUCGGCGUCGCACCUUCCAUGGUGAAACUGAGCCGGUUCCCAGGCUGGCCUUUCUCCUGUUUGUUGAAGUUGUUCCUUGUAGGAUUGCCAAAAGAACACAUUUGUCUGCAGUGUGUGUAUACAAAAUGUAUUGGCCUUGCUAACAAAGCCUUUUUUUUUGUUGUUUUAUUUUUUUUUUUUUUAGAGACCGUGUCUUGUGUGUAAUUAAAAGUUUCAUAGUGUU